AUGAAGGCGUUGUGCAAGGCUGGUUCUGUGUAUUCUGCUGUGCUUUUGAUCGAUGAGAUUGAAAAGCAUGGGAUUAAGCCGGAUAUUGUGACUUGUAAUACAUUGUUAAAAGCACUUUGUGAUAGUAAAAGGUUUUCUGAGGCUGAAAACUUGUGGGUUAUGAUGGAAAAGAGAAGUAUUCUUCCUGAUAUUUGCAGUUAUGAUAUUAGAUUACGAGGUUUACUUAAAGUUGCUGAGGUUUCGAAGGCGAUUCAGUUGUUUGAGGAGAUCGUUAAGAAGGGUUUCAAACCGGAUAAAUUCAGCUACGAUAAUAUGAUAAAAGUGUAUGUUGAUGAAGGGAAUUUGGAGCAGGCUAAUAUGUGGUAUCAGAAGAUGGUGCAAAAUGAUUGCCUGCCGGAUUCUGCAACAUUUCACAUGCUUAUUCCUUUGGCUUGUGACAUGAAAAAAAUUGAUUUUGCGCUGCACUUGUGCACGAAAGCUAUUGAUUCACAGGUACUUGAAGAUGAAGUGUGUACAAGUUCUGAGGAAUAG